UAAGGGAGGUGCAUGAGUAAGAGGAGUCCAGACAGAGACACAACUUUCCCCUGAGUCUUCCUCCGACUGCCUGUUAACAAGAUGAGGGCUGCCCUGCUGCUGCUGCUAGUCACUCUCAUCACGGUCAAAAGUGUAGCUGGAGGGAAAAACAAGAAAGAGAAAAACAAACCCUCCCAGUCCGGGUCAGAAUGCACUGACUGGCGCUAUGGCAACUGUGUCCCUAGCAACGGGGACUGUGGAGCAGGGUUUAGAGAGGGGUCAUGUGACCAGCAGAACAACAGGAUGAAAUGUAGAGUACCAUGCAACUGGAAAAAAGAAUUUGGAGCUGACUGCAAGUAUCGGUUCGGUAGUUGGGGAGAGUGUGAUCCAAGCUCUGGCUCGCGGACCAGAAUGGGGACAUUGAAGAAGGCUCUGUAUAAUGCGGAGUGUCAACAGACUAUUUCUGUCUCCAAACCUUGCAGUGGAAAAACCAAGACAAAAAGCAAAGGAAAGAAGAGAAACGGCCAGGUCAACUAAAGGCAGGCUGUGGUAAAGAGUCUUCAGAGUCUAAGAAGAGUACUGGUCUAAACCAGCUGACAGCUGCACAGUGACCCCAACACUUAGAAUUGUUGCCUAGACACUGUUUUGAAUACAGGUUUCUUCAACCACUGAAUCUCUAUAGGACUAAUAAAGUAAGCAUGGCCUGGAGCAUUAUAACCAACUGCUUCCAAAUCUAAGUGCAUUUGGAAUAUUCAUAUUAUACUUUUUUUAAACCACCAUGUUAUCAAUUUCUUUAACUUUGAAAUAUUGUAUAAAAUGUUCCCCAUCUCUAUGUGACCGUCACUGCUUCCAAACCUUUUCUGGGCCUCCACUCCACCAGAGCUUCACUGGGAAUGGGAGCUAUUUAAACUCCCAGUUGUCUCAGCCGGUCUCAAUUGUUUAGUUAUUCUUGCAUGUGUCAGUAUCAUCCACACACAAACUGUCUACUUUGUGUUUCAUUGUGUCCUAAUAAACGCAGCCAUCCGGUUUUAAUAAUUCCAAUCAGCACGGUUACUUGUAGAUAAAAGUGCAUUUGGAAUAUCAGUUUAUAAAUUUGCCUUAGGACACACAAGCCCACCGUUAUACAUUUCUUUCACUUCUUUCCCUUGUUCCUCCUACUAAAGAAUAGCCUUUCCAUUUCUCCUGUAGAAGGCUUGCUGCAACAGUAAUAUUUCCACUUUUCUUUUGUUUAUUAAAGUUUCACAACAUGGUGUGA